AUGAUUACCUGGGACGAAAAAGCACAUAUGAAAUUGCUGUUCGCAAUUAUUUCCACCUCUGCCCCCAAGGUGGACCACCAAGCAGUAGCCAACAUCAUGGGGAAUGCAAGAAUCAAGACAAUGGUCACUGAUAGCAACGCCGCCUCUCCAGCAGCUCCGAAAUCCAAGUCUGCCAGGAAAAAGGCCACCAAAAAACGCACAGCCGAGGAACACUCCGAUGAGGAGUCUGGUGACGCUAAGAAGGUCAAAAAAGAACACGUAGAGGAGUCUGAAAGUGAGGAGUGA